ACGUCACGAAACGCGAGGCGAGCUCGAGCAGAUGAGAUGCCGGAGCGCAACAGGCGAGCGCACAUCGCGAGCUCACAGCUACAAUGACAACUUCCUGAUAGCUUAACCAAAAGUUUAUUCGAACUCUUUGCGAUUUUGUUUUGAGGCGGCGUUGGCUUUUUUUUUUUUCUUCUGUGUUCUGCUUGGUGCUAUGGGUGUAGACGUGAUGAGGGAUUUGCUGAGGUGGGGAUCCGUAGCCGGGAUCCUGGGGUACCUGUUGAUUCUGUGCGACUGCUACAAUCUGGAUGUGGAGCAUCCUUUAGUUUUUCGUGGACCCAAUGGAUCAUUAUUCGGAUACUCGGUUCUGCUUCAUCAGCAUGCAGGGGACUCCUGGCUGAUGGUGGGAGCGCCUGUGGCUGAUUCCAAGUUUUAUCCUCAUAUUAAAAAUCCCGGAGCCAUCUACAACUGCAGCGUGUGGAGCUCCCAGUGUGAGCAGCUCCCUGUUGGAGGCGUACGGCAUUGUGGAACACACUGUUUGGCAGAGAAUGAUAACCAGUGGCUCGGUGUCAGUCUCUCCCGGCAGCCCUCGAAAGGCCAUGUUUUGGCAUGUGGACAUCGGUGGAAGAAUGUCUACUACUCUAGCAGACAAACAGACAAUCAGAACAAGCUGCCACAUGGUGUUUGCUUCAGACUGAGCCCAGAUUUGAAACAUGCCAGUCAUAUUAUCCCCUGCUAUAAAGAUCACCAAAGGAAGUUUGGUGAAGGUUAUGGCUCAUGUCAAGCUGGAAUAUCAAAUGUAUUCACAGAGGACCUAAUGGUCAUGGGAGCUCCUGGUACUUCAUACUGGACCGGAUCUGUUCUCGUCUACAACACCACAAGCAACAUUUCAGCCGCUUAUGUGGAUGAUGACAGUGAAGUUCUCUAUGGCAGCUAUUUAGGAUAUGCUGUUAGUGCAGGACACUUUCUAGAUCCUCAAAGCACUGAGAUAGUGGGUGGUGCUCCUCAGCAUGAACAGACUGGUAAAGCAUACAUAUUCAGGAUUGAGGGUAACACUUUGAAAAUCGUUGCCAAAACCAAAGGCAAGAAGCUCGGCUCUUAUUAUGGAGCAAGUUUAUGUGCUGUUGACCUGAAUGCAGAUGGACUGUCUGAUCUGCUGGUUGGGGCUCCUAUGUUCAGCUCAGUCAGGGAGGAGGGACGUGUUCAUGUCUACAUAAACCAGGGAGAGGCUAAAUUGAUAGAGGCAGACUUUGAAUUAGUUGGAAGUGACUCCUAUGCAGCACGUUUUGGAGAAACCAUCAUGAACCUUGGUGAUAUUGACGAUGAUGGAUAUCAAGAUGUAGCCAUCGGAGCCCCUCAGGAGAACGAUCUCCAUGGUGCUAUAUAUAUCUACAAUGGAAGGAGAAGUGGUAUUGCACAGAGUUUCUCUCAAAGAAUAACAGGCUCAUUGUUCGGUGACAACUUCAGGAUGUUUGGCCAGUCAGUGUCUGGAGGAGUUGAUAUUGAUAGCAACAAUUACCCAGAUGUUGCAGUGGGAGCUUUCAUGUCAGACUCAGCUGUGGUGUUCAGGACGCGUCCAGUAGUGAAGGUGGAUGCUGUCAUGUUGUUGCCUGAGAGCUUGAACCGGUCCAUAGCCCAGUGCACUGAAAACGGCCUUCCUGCUGUAUGUGUCAAAGUUACGGUGUGCUUUAGAGUCAGAGGGAAACAAAUCCCAGGAAACAUAGAGCUGAAGUACAACAUAACAGCGGAUGUUCACCACAAAGACGGCUUCCCUUCCCGAUUUUAUUUCAGUGGAAACGGCACAUCCAAUGUUACAGCAGGCAGAGUGAAGGCCAAGCAUGAGCAGCUCACUUGUGCCACCCACCAGGCCUUCAUGAAGAAAGACAUCCGGGAUAUCUUCACACCCAUUCACUUUGAGGUGAAAUAUGAACUUGGAGAGCACCGCGUGCUGCAGAGGGACUCCGGGGGCCUGCCUUCACUAAAACCCAUUCUACAGCAGAAGGAUGAACAUGGCAACAUUGUAAAAAACAAGACCAUCUUUGCCAGAUAUUGUUCCUGGGAAAACUGUUCGACAAACCUGAAGGUUUCUGCUCAUCUGGUUUUACCACAGUCCUACAUGAACAUGCCAUACUUUGCCCUGGGUAAUGGAAAAAGCAUCAUGUUAAACACCACACUGGUCAACAUUGGAGAUGAUGCUUUUCUACCCAAACUUUACCUGAGGUUUCCCAGCAACCUGCAUUUCAUCAAAGUGCUGGAGGAAGAUAAAUACAUCAGCUGUGUAAUAGCAGAGGAGAAUAAAGUGGCCAUUGGACUGGACUGCAAUGUUGGGAAUUUAUACAUCCCCCCUUUCUCCAAGAUAAACAUCACCUUUUUACUGGAUGUGAUGCAGAACAGCAGCGCGGGAAACCUUAGCAUUAACGUCAAUGCGACGAGCGAGAACUUUGAGAACACUGAUCUUCAGCACGACAAUGUGGCUGUUGUUACGUUGCCCUUGAGAUAUGCAGUUGACCUCAACGUUCACGGAUUUGUCUCUCCAACUUCAUUUCUGAUCGGAGAAGAAGAGUCUGUGCCGGUCGACUGCUAUCCUGAGAAGUUCAAUUAUACGUACAAGGUGAUGAAUAUGGGGCCUAGUAAAGCUCUUGAUGCGAGAGUAAAGAUCAGCUUGCCUCUGAGGCUGGUUCCAUACGAAUACCGGCUAAUCAGGAUCACAGAUUUGCAGACGACUCUUGGGCAUUGCUUCCAGACGAACGAUUCAGUACAGAUCAUUGAUGACUGUGACCUCCCAGGAGCUUCCUUUAUUCAUGAAAUCGUAUUUUUUUUCUCCCCAAAAAGCAGGCGCAUAAUGUUCUGUGGUACUGAAGAUAAGACCUGUAGGACGGUGGAGUGUCACUUCGGUGACCUGGAGGUUGGAAAGGAAGUCACCAUCUCUAUGGAAGUGGAGCUCAACCCCAGGGUUCUCCAGAGAAGUCCAGGCAGACACGCUGUCAUGACGAUACUUGGCAUGAUUGACCUCAUUUCACCCGUAAAGGAUGCUGACACCAUCUUACUGCAGGACGAUGUUUCUGCUAGAGUGAUCUUGGAAGCUCUGUACAACAAUAAGCCUGUGAUGGCUGUGAAGAUUUUUCUUAUAGUAUCCAGUCUGAUCAUUGGACUAAUGAUUUUAGCACUGCUCGUCCUUGCCCUCAGGAAGCUUGGAUUCUUUGAGCGCAAGUUAAAGGAGGAAAAGUCUGACCAGGACAGUUGGGACUACAUGCCUAAGAAAGAGAGUGCGUCAUAAUAUGGGAUUUAUACCACAAACAAAACCAAUCAGAAUUGAAGGGACAAACCAUGACGGACUACAGCUCUGUCAACAUUAAGAGCUGGACUUGUGAUAACCUGCAGCCAUAAACCGUGAUGGCUCAGGCCAUUCAUCACAAAAGUGAUGAAGAGACUAUGAAUCUGCAUUUUCUGUCAGCGGGAUGAAGCCAAUGCACUUUACCGUUUGGAACAUACUGACAUGUCACUCAGUGAAUCGCUCCGGGACGGUACCAGGGGAGAAAAGGAUUCAGAAUGUACUGUUGCUACAGAAAGUCACGGCUCUGUUCCAAAACUGUUCCAAAGGUAGUGACCGACCUUUGUAGGCAACGUUACUUUGUGAGGCCCCGUUUUAAGGCGGCAUUACGAAUACAGUUUAUAAGGUGCUAUUUGAGUUUGGAUUCUGCCUUAAAGCAAUAGUUCACCCAAAAAUGAAAAUUCUGUCAUCAUUUACUCACCCUUGAGUACCAAACCUGUAUGAAUUUCUUUGUUCUUUCGAACACAAAGGAAGUGUGUAACCAGGCUGUUUUGGGUCAUCACUAACUUCCGUAGUAUUUCUUUUUCCUACUCGAACAGAGCUUUUCAUCACAGGUUUGCCUGUGAUCACUGAACAUAUUGGCUAAUGGCCUGCUGUAGAGGAGAAAUUGCACUGCUGUAGCUUUUCUUACUAAGGUUAUUUCUGUGUUUAUCUGAGGAGAGGCUCGCUCUUUUAUGCCCACAAGUUGGUAUGCCCUCCGCAGAGGUGACACAGGAUUUUCUGGCACUUUCCAUCACCCUUUCUGAAACAGAACAUUGCUGCGAUAGGGGUUUUCACAUCUUUGCAUCACUGCAGUAUUGGUUCUCUUUGUAAAAAAAGGAGGAAAUGACACGCAUUCGCUCUCCUCCCUAACUCUCGCUGCUGAGUUCAAUAAGUAGAAGUUUAACGGAGACGCCAGAUGGAAGGAGCGAGUGUUUGCUGUGUGCUCUGGCUGGGUGCCAUGGAAACGGGGCAAAGGAGGCUGCUGUUGUGUGUCUAUACUGCUCUACAGAAGAGUGACAGGAUUGGCAUGUGUCUGGCUUCCAGCCAUUGCUCAAGAGUGUGUGUGUGUGUGUGUGUGUGUGUGUGUGUGUGUGUGUGUGUGUGUGUGUGUGUGUGUGUGUGUGUGUGUGUGUGUGUCUGUGUGUGUCUGUAUGUGUCUGUAUGUGUGGGGGGGUGUACAUUUAUAGAAUGUAAAAUCCACAAAUAUACAAAGCACCAUCACCGCUCACUAGUAUGCAGGCCCAUAGGGACAAAUUCUCUCUUGGACAAAUUCAAAUGUUAGUCAAAAAUUAUAUUCAAUAUAUAUAUAUAUAUAUAUAUAUAUAUAUAUAUAUAUAUAUAUAUAUAUAUAUAUAUAUAUAUAUAUAUAUAUAUAUUUCUAAAAACAGCACUGAGUACAUUUUUUUAAUAAAUAAAAAAAUAAGAAAAGUUAGUUUUUGUACUUUCACUUAACCUGAUUAUGCAAAAAGAUUUUAAUUAGAGUUUAAUUAGAAUUAAACUGAAAAAAAAACAAUAUUAUUAUUAUUAAUAAUAAUAAUUAAUACAUUUUAUAAGUAACAAUUUCUAUAUUUUUUAUAUUUGAGAUUAUAAAACAUUUAUAAAUUAUUUUACAAAUCCCUUUUUCACAAAAUAUGGAAAAUGCUGGUUUUGCUUGGGCCUGCUCAAAAGAGUAUAUUUGUGUAUGAAUAAAAAAAUAUAUAUAAUCUUUAUCUUUCGGAUGGGUUGCUUGUCAGUGCUUUUUAUAUAAAAUUUACAAAGAGUAAAGAAAACAAGGAAAAACAAGUCUACAGUUCAGGGAAUAGUGCACAAAAAAGGACAUUGGGUUUUUUUGUUAGUUUUUUUUUUAUCAGUAUUUUGAAUAAGUUAAUGUUUUUAUUUUAUUGCCUGUCUUUAAAAAUGCUACAAAUUUUUGUAAAAAAAACCCAACAAAACAAAACAAAAAAACAAUUACAUUGGUUUAAUUUAAGCUUUUAUGCACUGGAAUCUACUAUGUGUCACAUGUUUGUGCUUCAUCAUAAAAUGUUGUGUAAAAAUGUUAAA